GCAAGAAGUGAAAAUCCACCCAGACCGAGGAUUUCUCUUAGGUUUUGCAACUGAUGCAAUCACAGCGCUAAGCAAAAUGAAGCCUGCUCCGGCUUCCAACAUUCAGUCCAGAGUCCUGUACGUGGCGGUGUCGGCCUCUAGCCAGCUGGACCCUGAAACAGACAGCCAGACGUGGCCAAGCGAGGCUUAUAAAAAGAGUGAGUGAUCGUGAUGGGCAUUCAUUCUUCACACCUACCGGUUCCCUGGCUGAGUGCAGAGAUGGCCUCGCCCAUAGCUUUCCUCGUGUGCACCUAUGGUCUUCUACCACUGCUUGCAGCAAGUCAAGGACUCCCUCCCUGUGAAUUUCCUUUCACUUUUGAAGGGAAACGGUACUUUUCAUGCACCACAGAUGGCACUAGGAAUGGGCAGCUGUGGUGUGCCACAACGAGCAACUAUGACAAUGAUGGCCAAUGGAGGACGUGUGCCAUUCAUGAGUAUGGAGGUAAUUCUGGUGGAAAACAAUGUGUGUUUCCGUUUUCGUAUCUGCACAAGACAUACUAUACCUGCACCAACAAGCUUGCGCAUAAAGGACGAUACUGGUGUGCCACAACUGGAAGUUACGAUAAGGACAACAAGUGGAGCUACUGCGCUGACACCAGGCUAAAUGCAAACCCUACAGGACCAUGCAUUUUUCCUUUCGUGUUCAAAGGCAAGAAAUACUCAUCUUGUACAGCAGACGGAAUGAACAAUGGGAAGCUCUGGUGCUCUCUCACCAAGAACUACGAUUCAGAUCCCAAAUGGGCAUAUUGCGAUCCCUCAGAUCCUCGCCCCUGUGAAUUCCCCUUCAUUUACAAACAUAAAAACUACAAUUCAUGCACCACAGAUGGAACUCUUGAUGGGCAACUGUGGUGUGCCACAACCUCAAACUAUGACAGGGACAGCAAAUGGAAAGCAUGUGCCAGUCAAGAAUAUGGUGGGAAUUCAGAGGGCAAGGCCUGUGUCUUCCCCUUCAUCUACAAGAACCAGACCUAUCAUAACUGCACUAAUGAGGAUGAACCAAAUGGGAUCUUCUGGUGUGCCACUACAAAAAACUAUGAUGAAGACAUGAGAUGGAGCUUCUGUGCUGACACGUGGAGGAGCAUUCAGGAAAAAAUAAAGCCGCUGGGAAAACACUUAAAUCCGAAUGUGCCAUGUAGCCUUCCUUUCAUCUACAAAGGCAAAUCUUACUCUCAAUGUACAAUGGAUGGAACAGUCAACCACAAGCUCUGGUGCUCUCUUACCAGCAACUAUGAUGUGGACAAAAUGUGGAGAUAUUGUGAGCCUUCAGAUUUACAAGAACAACAGCAAGAACAACAGCAAGAUUUACAAGAACAGCAAGAACAAGAACAGCAAGAACAACAAAAGCUGUCAUAAAGACUGUGGAGGCAUACACUCACCAGCAAAAUUUCCAGUGUACCAAACCUGAUUGACCAACGUUCUGAACAUGCAUAUGUGAUUCCUCAAUAUGCUAAUUCAUCAGUGGACUGUGACCAUUGUUUCUCUAGUUUUACUUUCUCUGGGCUAUGCCUCAACUAGGAAUAAGGUUUUUCUCCUACACU